AUGGGCUCAACUCAAUUCGGCAAUUUCAAGAUCGCAACCCCCGCUGACCACCCUUGGGUAUCACAGGACUUCUGUCGCGACUCGACAUUACCCGUCUGCAAUCUCUUUCUGGUCAAUCAGCCGCCCAAUAAGAAUUUCGAUGGAUGCGCACUGGAAGGUAUCAGUCUGAGUGGGGGUCGAUAUCUCGCCAACUUGGGUAUGAACUGUUGGGAUACAAUAGGUCUGGAGUGGUGUGUUAACUCGGAAUACAGGAUCUAUUCUGAUCGCGUUCAUUGCCAUCUUGGCAUCACUCUUUAUGCUAUGGAGGUCGGACAAGAAGCAUGCCGCCGUCGGGCGUCGAUUCAACUGUUUCUGCUAGGAUACAUAAUUAUUGAGAUCUGUGAGGUCUUCACCGUGGGUGGACUUCCAAUCGAAGAUUCAGUCCGAAAGGGUUUCUCGGCGGUCCACCUUGGAGCAAUCACUGCUACUUGCUGGAUCCUGCUGUUGAAUGCGUUUGUGGGUUUCCAGCUACUCGAUGAUGGCACGGCGGCCUCGAUUGGCCUAAUUUCCGCGUCCGCCAUUGUGCUCUUCAUCGGUACUGGCUAUAUCGCCCUGGAUACGGCAUUUAAUUGGUCCGGCCAUUUCGUGGCGAACAAGGACACUUACCGCAACAUUGCUCUCUACGUCUUGUACCAACUGUUCCCGCUGGUCUGUCUUUUUGUGUUCUUUGUCCUCGAAACUAUCCUGGUUUUGCGGGUUCUGGGAGAGUACCGGCCUAUGCUUUAUCUUACCGGCGCUGCUCUCUUGUUCGCUAUUGGCCAGAUCUUCCAAUACGUGAUCAGUGUUCACCUCUGCGAGGCUUCCAGCCAUGCAAUCAACGGUACCUUGUUUGAGACCUUCUUUACCCUGCUCGCCGUCAUUGGCGUCUGGGCCUUCUGGAGCAGUAUUACCGAAGACGACUGGCCUCUGCCCGUCGGGAGUGGUUACAAUUGA